AAAUAAUAAUAAAUUAAUAAAAAUUGGAUGAAAUAAUGUGUUAUUGUGGAUAUAAGUAUAGUGUGUGUUAGGGCGAGGCUGGAGCACCUCUCUCUCUCUCUCACUCAGCAACACCGUCAACAUGACAUCGGUAAAGUCUUCAGCAAAGAAGCCGCAGGCGAAGACCAUGGGUAAGUCCACGGCAAAAUCUGCGGAUAAGGCCAAAGCAAAGCCCACGGAUAAGGCCAAAGCAAAGCUCACAGAAGCCAAAGCAAAGCCUGCAGCGGCCAAAGCAAAGCCUGCAGAGGCCAAAGCAAAGCCUGCAGAGGCCAAAGCGAAGCCUGCAGAGGUCAAAGCAAAGCCUGCUGCAGAUAAGGCCAAAGCAAAGCCUGCUGCAGAUAAGGCCAAAGCAAAGCCUGCUGCAGAUAAGGUCAAAGCAAAGCCUGCUGCAGAUAAGGCCAAAGCAAAGCCUGCUGCAGAUAAAGCCAAAGCAAAGCCUGCUGCAGAUAAGGCCAAAGCAAAGCCUGCUGCAGAUAAGGCCAAAGCACAGCCUGCUGCAGAUAAGGUCAAGACAGAAAAGGUCAAGACAGAGAAGGUCAGGACAAAGGCCUCAGAAAAGAUCAAAACAAAGUUCACAGCUAAGACCACAACCAAGGCCGCUGGUGGCAAGAAGCCCCUAAAGCCACGUGCCCAGAUGAAGAAGAGCUUAGUUGCCAGGGGAAAGAUUACCAAGGGUCGUCGUGCCAAGAAACUACAGCUUAAGUUCCACAUAGACUGCCGUCAGCCCGUGGAGGAUGGAAUCAUGAAUGCUGCAGACUUUGAGACAUUUUUGCAGCAGCGUAUAAAGGUUAAUGGCAAGGUCAACAAUUUCUCCAAUCAAGUGUCAUUGGAACGAAAUAAGCACAAGAUCACGCUUAAUGCAGAUAUUUCCUUCUCCAAAAGAUACCUGAAGUACCUGACGAAGAAAUAUCUCAAGAAGAAUAACCUUCGUGAUUGGCUGAGAGUGGUGGCACCCCCCACUGCCAAGGACACCUACGAGCUCAGGUACUUCCAGAUCAACAAUGAGGAAGAAGAUGACGAUGAUGGUGACGAGUAAAUCACAGCUCAAUAAAAUGUGAAGUUUA